CUGAUGAAUGUUUGAUGUGACUUGUAUGGAUAAUAAUUAGUGCGGAAUGACGCAGCGAGACUGAGAGGAGCUAUUCGAAGCGUAGGUGGGACCAGCACAGACCUGCUGUGAAGGUGAGGAUGUUGCGGAUAGGAUGACUUGGAGGAGAAGUUGGUGGCAGACGGCGAGAGGUGGCUGAGUGCAAUAGGAACUCUUGCGAGGAUAGGGUAGCCCUUCUUAUACGCCACUCGAGGCUCAGGCUCGAGGUGUGUACUGUUUUUGGUGUAACCGCCGAGAGCCAGCUCUGUAACCAUAUUUUGCGACUCAUCGCACACGAACGCAAAGGCAUUGGAAAGCUUAUGGAGCAGCCCUGAAGCAGAUUACAGAAGAGGCGCCCAUGCGAUUGUAGUUGUUUCCUGCCGUAGGUACGGAGUAGCUUGAGCGCCCUGAGCUGUGUUUACCAGGUAAAAAGGGGUUUGCCCAUUGCCCCAGAGGCCAAAGAGCCCAGGAGACGCCGUCGCAGAACAUCUCAGGCACCACGGGCCACCUCAGUCUUUGGCGAUGUUGGAUUAUGAUGCAGGUCCCAGGGUGAGUAUAGUACCACGCUUCUCAAGAAGCUUCGUCGUCGUUGGCUGAGUCUUGCUUGCUCCCUCUCAGCGAAAUGCCAGACAAGCAAGCGUGAAUGCUGGGGUAGCGGGCGAAUGGACGCGCCAAAGCACGGGAGUUUGGGCGUUCGCCUCUAUCUACAUUGGCGUGUGCUGGGCGCCACGGCUGCGCGAGCGCCCGCACCUCAUUGCCCAAGCCCCGACAUCCCGCUCUCACUGUUGCCGGCGUGCUGAGCGCGCUGGACAUUCACAAUCUUCCGGGCGUUUCUCAGCCUGGUACGGUGCAGUGCGACAUGCCUCGCAAAGCCAGAAGUUGCGAGCUCCAUCGCAUCUUUGCGGGCAAUACGAUCGCAGCGCACCAGGGAUGCGCCCGAUAAACACCCGGAGUGCCAAGUCUCGAUCUGGCCACUUUGUUGCUGAUGUUUUGUCGCGGCAUCUCCGGCGACAUUUCGAGGGUAGUGCGUUGCAGUCACCUUGUGUUGAGAAUAUUUCUGCCCUAGCUUGGCAAACAAGGCGCGUCCUGUUCAGCCUUUGGAGUCACAGCAGCAUUUCGAGCGCCAGAGCUAGCCAGCCUACAUUUCAUGGGACGGCGCACCAAAUGCUGGCCGCUUUGAAUCUUCACUGCGCCCUUCUCGACGCCAUUCAGCUCGGGUUCGAUCGAGAGAGGUUCUGGUGUCUUUCCUGUUGAGCGAAUGACUUAGCAUCACGCAGGUCUAGUGGCAACAUCAGAUCCAUAUUCGUGCAUUC